AUGGUUAGAAGUGUUGAGAUGUGGGUUUAUGAUAUUUCAAAUCCUGGGAUUAGGAGUAUGUUGGAGUUGGUAUUAGGGAUUAAAGUAACUGGGAUUUGGCAUACUUCAGUGGUGGUGUUUGGACGGGAGUACUACUUCCAGUCUGGUAUUAGGGCGGAUGUGCCGGGGAGUACGCCAUUUGGAACGCCGGUGCGGAAAGAGGCUUUUGGGGAGAGCUUGUUGAGUAGUGAAGAGUUCGAUCGGUUUUUGUUGGAGCAGCAAGCUUUGUUUUCGGAGCAGACGUAUGACUUGUUAGAGAAUAAUUGCAACCACUUUUCUGAUGUUGUGCUGAAAUGUCUGGUUGGUCGGGGGACGCCUGAGUAUGUAAUGGCUCUUUCGGAUUUGCUUAAAGGCAGUCCUUUGGCCAAGAUAGUCAAAACAGCUCUUGGUUCAGCUUAG